CCCUGCAGAUGAAAAAGAAGCAAAGAGGAAAAAGGAAAUGCUCAAAUAGCCGCCGUCGCACAAGGUAGACAACAGAAAAGCAUUUUUGCACCGUUUCGGAAAAUUUCGCAGCAAAGUUGUAGCUGUUUUAUUUUUGUAUUUUUUAGUAAACCACUUAGCCGUGAUUAUUGGUGUUAUACACAAGCGAACGAGCGAAAACAGUCGAAAAAUCACCGCUUUAUUUAGCGUUCCGCCCUAGAGUUGUUUCGGAGGCGUGAUAUAUUAGAUCUAUGCUAGGACAAGGGCAUUUCUUCCGGUAGGUUUUUGCGCAACAAUAAUGAAAGAGUUGUCCGAUCUACUGCGCGAGAUUAGACAGUGUACCGAGAACGAGGACAAGAUGGAGUUCUGCGAGGACUUUGCCAAACUACAAACGAUCUUCAACCAUACGAACCAGUUCGUUCGAACCUUCGACCGGAUCGUGUACCACGGCGGAAAUGAACCGUACAUCAUCGAAAUUGUGGCCCGGUUGGUAAAGUACCUGCGUAUCCGUCGGUAUCUGAACGAGGAUAACAAACCAAUCCGAGAAUGUGACAAUCAACUGCGUAAAAUUACAUUAUUCAUGGUGCUUAACACGGAUGUUAACUACAAGUUCGAUUUAUCCAAGGACACCCAGAUUUGCCAUGUGUUGAACACGAUCCCGCAGCUAACGAAGUGCCUGCUGGUGAACUGCAUCUGGGGUGCCAGUCUAGAUGCGUAUUUCUACGAGGUGCUCCGGUACAGCCCUCAGUGGUUUAUGAUGCAGUUCAUAGACCAAGCGGUGACCAGUCUUAAGUUCUCCAAACCCUUCGAAAUCCUAGAGCGAGUAGAAGCGAUGGUUAAAGCAAUUUAUUACAGUAUCUGCAGGACGGAUUGCGACUGGAAGCUGGUAGAUCGAAAUCGAUUCGUCGAGCAACAGCGAAUCCUUGGAAAACUGUUCGAGUUCCUGAUGGAGCUGUUGAGAUUUUUCAAUACACCGGAUAUGAGCAAGUUUGAGCGGUGGUCUAGACUGCGCAUGCAUCGGUACUACGGGUUCGCGUUGAAGCACAUGUUCAACAUUGUGCUGUACUGUUUUGAUCUAUACCUAAACCGUAGUCUAUUCGAAGUGGACGAAAAUAUGAGCAUUUAUCAAAUAAUGGGUGAAAAGCACGUUUCAAAGAAGGAAAUUCCGGAAGCGUACUCACCCGGGACGGACUCGCACCUGAUGAAGAUCAACAAUUGUCUGUUGAACACAUUGCAAACCUGCGUGAUGGAGGUUACGAUCGAUAGUUUCAUGUAUUGGGUAGAAAUCGAGAUCGUCAUCGAAACGGAGGAAAAGUGUAGUUUGCAGCAAGUGAUUGGAGAAUCGGCUUUCAAGUUAAUGGAGACGCUUAAGGAUAAUAAAUUGUUCCAGCACAACGUUCUGAAGCAGCUUCCUUCGAUUUCCCUACGACCCAAAUCACAGGCGGAGAAAGCAAUGGAUCUGUCGAUGCGUGUUCUAAUGGAGAAAGUCGAAACAACAAAGGAUAUUUUCGAAAGGAAACUAUUCUUUAAUGAAUUCAUUCGACGAGGAGAGCCGGUAUUCGGCAACAUCGAAUGUCUGAAUUUGAUAGAGCAAAACUUGGAUUUAGUAUCAGGAGAUAACGUUAGAAAGAUGGUUGAAUAUGACAACCGGCCGGCAGACGGAAAUGAAAUGGAAGAAGACGAACCAUCGGAUGAGGCAUUAAAACUGAAGCACCUUAUACUACAAUCCGUAGACAAUUUACUACCGGAGGAAGCGACUACCCUCAUAAAGUUCAUGAUUGCCACUUACGGCUUGGAAUACGAUCAUUAUCGAACUUCGGAUUUGAUCGAACAUAUCGUCGAGUUUACGAAUCGAUUCAGCUCGAUCUCCCAUCAGAUAGGCGAAGACGAUUCACUCAUCCCAAUGCGGUUGAUUUUCCAGUGCCCUUCAUUGUUCUACGAUCGUCUUACCCGUUCGCUGUAUGAUUCUAGCUUCAACAACGCCAAUUACAUUUACGCCAUCACACGAGUAAUCACCAGCACAAAGCCGCUAUCGGUGCCCUACCUAAGCGCUCAAGUGCGUUCACUGUUAUCCGGUGAGUUUGAUGUGACCCAGUCCAGUUCACUCACGGUGUUCAUUUUGAAACUUUACGAACGGGACCUAUUCGAGCGAAAUCACUUCCUACAAGGCUAUCUGCUACAAGGUGCUGACGAGGCAUUCUACAAAUCUAACUAUAAGGCACUGGUGGAAAUUCUCAGCAUUAUGCAACUCGUCGUGGAGAAGAAUCUCAACGGGUUCAAGUUAGACACGCUAAAGCAAGUGGUCCUCAAGCUGGCCGAACUUACAGAGAAACUUCGCUUUGACGUUACCCAGUUGCAGUCAGAGCAUCCGCAAGGCGUGGAACGAAUCGCUUUGCUAGAUAAAAUGCUGAAGAUUAUCAUGGGACCAGUGCGGAUGCUCCGAGCGCUAAAGGAAGAAUCGAAGCAACGUUUCAGAGAACAGACCGUGAACUUCGCUCCAAUCACGAAGUUUUACUUUCAACGUACCUUUGUGGACGUUUCUGCCGGGAAAACCAUACAGGAUUUCGCCAAGUUCCUCUACCAGAACGAAAUAGACGAGAGCACGCCAAAAGUACACGUUCGACUAUUUCUUUCUAAGACUCUGGUUCAGUGCACAAGCACCGAGGCGGAACGGUUAGCGCGGGAUCCACUGUUGCUUCCACAUUUCGGCGAUGCAGUGCUUAUUAUACUUGUGCUAUUAACGGAACAGGAGCGACACUACGAGUGUCUCAAAAGUUGCCUUUCCAACUAUCUCCACGUAGUCCAGAAACACCUACUGCCACCCUUGCUUACGCCGGAAGUAACAAGUGUGGCUCCGAUCGCUGCGUCUGAAACUAUGAUCGAACAGACUCCAGUCAAUCUAGCCGAGCAACGUGCUGCUUUGGUUCAAUCGCUGGUGAAACUUAUCGUGAAGUUACCGGACAUGUCACGCGAGCGAUUGCUGGUUGCCCUUUCAUUCGGUCUGUCGGCGAUUGUACGACAGCUCCGUCUGGUCGACCCCAGCUUGGACGUCAGCGAGAUUGAGAAGGUACUAAAGCUGGACCAGGCAAAGCAGCCAAGUUUCCCUACUGCAAUGCUCGCUACUUCCGAGGCAGUCAUCGCUGAAACGGACAUCAUCAGCCACGACGGAGAAGAGUUACCGCUGGUUAAACUGCAGCUUACCAACUCGAGCGGGAAGGACAGCAUUAGGGUGAAUCACUAGGAGGUGGCGCGGCUAAUCAAUGCAAUAUCAUGCAUUUCUAAUUUACGCAUUUUUUCUUUUGUUUUGCUGAAUAACAUAACUUAAACAAUAAACAACCGCAUAACAUAAGAACAGCAGACUAGAGUAAUAAAACCGAAUCUUCGCGAAAAGCCAA